AUGACUGGAACUUCGUAUUAUCAGCCAAUCGUUCGAUUGCCAAAAAGCAACAGAUCAUCUAUGCGUCCCAACAGCAUCCGUCGAGAAUCCUUGCUGCAGCAGAUUCCUUCCAGUAACUCAUCACUUGACACCUUGGUUUCGAGCACGUUGCGUUUCUCCGGCCUGGGAGGUUCUAUCACCGAAGAGGCACUCGCCAACCUAUUGCAAGCUUAUGAUCCCACUGAAGUCGUGAUCCAUGAGGAUGGAGAUAGUGGCUAUUUACGAUUUGCCAAUGCGGAUAUAGCCGAUCGAGUAUAUUCGCUUUACAAUGGAUUUGGAUUCGAAAACAACGGCGGCAAGCUCCAAUUUCACCUCGAUGAUGCAUACGAUCCAGAACCCAAGGGCCCCAUUUUAGAAGUCAGUAAUCUUCCCUUGAGCAUCGACAAUGACGGAUUAUAUGAUCUAUUUCGUGGAUUUGGACCACUCAGUUUAUGCAAGUUGAUUGUGAACGGGAAGUCUUUUCAAGGAGCAGCGUUUGUACAGUACUUUUCCCAAGAUGACUCUAAUGAAGCACAAAACAUUCUUAAUGGCCGAUUAAUGGGUGAUAACUCGCUUGUCAUUGUUCCAUUUUCACCAGUGCCGGCUCAAUCACAAAAGAAGACACCAAGCCCUCAAGCUUCAGGAUCUAGCAAGACUGAGUCUGGCUAUGUGGAUUACAUGAAUUUGUACAUCAAGAAUUUGGAACCCCACAUCAACAAUGACGCUUUGUUUCAGCUAUUCAAAAAGUUUGGAAGGAUCGUAUCAGCCAGAGUGAUGAGCAAUCCAGCAACAGGACAAUCGAAGGGAUAUGGAUUUGUGAGCUAUGACAAGGCUGAGGAAGCAGCGGCUGCUUUACAAGAGAUGAAUGGCAAAAUACCACCACAUGGAGUAAAGCCGUUGAUAGUCGCCUAUCAUGAACCCAAGAAACCACGCCAAGAGAAACAGGGGCAAAAUAGAGCUGGAAUGGCAGCAUCAGCAAGUAAUUUCUCUUCCUCGGGUGGCAUUCGCACCCCAUCCGUGCCCGUGUCACGUCCCAUGCCAGAGUAUAUCAACAAUCAUGCACCUGUUUCUUCCUUUGAUCCCAACGUGGCCUUCACUACGCAUGCAUACGAUAUCAAUGCACAACCAGCAAGGACCAACAGGCCCGCACAAAUGAAUGGAUUGGGAAUAGACAACGUGGAUCAAAUUGCAAUCAACAUGAAGCCAAAACGCCCAUCACCCCCACAUUCAGUACAUCGAAAGCUCUCUACAGCCGAUUCAAGUUUAGCACAGCCAUUUUUGCGCCUUUCUCCACCUUUUUCAAGCUCGCCCAUGUCGGGUGCAAGCAGUAAUGGACCAUCCCUUGCAUCUUUGGCUUCAGGUGCCAACAUCCAACCACGACCUUAUCCUCAUCAGCCACAACAACAUCAAUCAAUGGAGCCAAGCAAUGGUCGUCCCACAUUGCGACGUAGAGGUUCUCUCGAAUCAGUCAGCUCUGUUAUGACAGAAAGCAGUGCUUCAAUGCAACGACAAAGAUUGGCAGAUGCAGUAAUGCGAUGCGGAGAUUAUUCACAAUCCGUCAAUGAUAUCGUGGAUAUGCUGUUGACUCUCAAGCGCAAAGAGCGUUCGCUAUGCUUAUUUAAUCAAGAUUUCCUACGUGAAAAGAUCGAGCUGGCAUUGAUCGCUUUGGAUACGUUCAACGAUGAAGAGCAAGGAGAGGAGGAGGAAGAGGAGGAAGAAGAGCAACAGGCAAUUACACAAAACGUUCAACCUGAACAGAGCGUACCUACUACCACGCCAUCUAGACCAACAGCACCAGCACGCAUGUCUAAAGCAAUACCCAUCGUGGCACCUCCUCCUGAACCCAAAACGCCUAUUUCACCAUCCACUCCCACUACCACCAACACCACCACCAACAAGACAUCUACCAACAGCAGCAGUAAUAAUAGUGAUCAAGUGAACGUGGAUGAGAUACUACAAUCCCUCGAAGGAAAGCCUAUCCAUGAAAAGAAACAGCAAUUGGGUGAUCGACUCUUUCCACUUGUCAAGGCAACGGGUACCAAGCAAGCACCAAAGGUGACGAUCAAGCUUUUGGACAGCAUUGACUUAUACGAGUUGGCCCACUUGAUGUAUGACAAGAAGAAACUCAAGGAACGUGUGGAUAUCGCCUUUGCUUCAUUGAAGUGA